ACGGGCGAUCUGAGGCAUCGACUUCCCGACUCUAGCACAAUCUAAAGGCAGCGCAGAGAGCUUUUGGUUUUGAACUCAAUGGAGGAGCUGAAAUCGGCUAUGGACCAGCACAUGGAGCAAAUGGCCGAUCUCGUCCAGAAAUUAUCCGCCGAGCUCCGUUCCGGUCUUCGUCCCGCCUACGACAACUUCAUCGGCUUCUUCCACGCCAUCGACUGGAAGGAACCUUGGUUAGCUUGCUUAAUGGGGUUCCAUGUCGUGUUGCUGCUGCUAACGAUCUUCUCAAGGAAGAAUAUCAAUUUUCAGAUGUGCUUGUUCCUUCUUGCGUUGGCUGGUGUAUAUUUUGCUGAGAAUCUCAAUAGAUUCCUGGGUGAAAAUUGGAAGAGCUUUGCCGGGCAGAACUAUUUUGAUCGGACCGGAGUUUUUCUCUCGACGCUUUGGUCUGGGCCUCUUCUAGUCAUUGCUAUCCUAAUCUUGGUAAACACUCUCUUUUCCUUAUGUCACCUCAUUGUUAGAUGGAAAAGGGCUGAGCUCACAUAUCGUGCGAGGCUUGCUCGUAACAACAAGCAGGAUUGAUUUCCUGUUGCUGUGAUGUUGACUGAACACCCCCCCACCCCACAAUGUUAAUUUGCUAGCCAUAGCCAGUAGUGUUUGUCAUAUUAUGAUAAAUAAUAAUAAAAAAAAAAAAAAAAAAAAAAAUUACUAUUUUUUUUUUUUUUGGAACUUUUUGACUUUCCAAGUUUUGAAUGGUGUAAAAAUGCGCUCAAUCCUUGUAUACCAUUUUGUUUCCGUUUUAUAGAAUUUACUUCCUUCUUGUCACGGCUAUUGUAUGUAGACUUGGAGGAUUAAGUCCCCUCUUUUCCCCCCUGCUAAAAUAAGGGUUUGGGAGUAAGUCUAGCAUUUUUCAUUCUUUAUUCCCUCCUGGCAGUACUUUUGGCCUACUUGAGAGAGAUGUUUCUGUAACAAUAUAUUCUAUGACCAUUUACAGAGGAGGAUAAUUUCUGAUA